UUAUUGUAAAAUAAUCUCAAAAUUCGUUUAUGUCUCUCAAUCAUCAUCUUCAAAUAAUCUGUUUUUUCUGUGUCCUGCAUUUAUCUCUAUUACAUAUACUUUUCAAAUAAUCUUAAAAUAAUCCGGAUUCUUAUUUUGAUCCCAGAUUAUUGUAGCAAAUAAUCCUAUUAAAUAAUCUAUGCCUGAUAAUUCUCUAAAAAAAACUGCCAUGUCACUAAUUUAAUCUCGUAACAAUCCUCCCAAUGAGGACACGCUUAGGGAAAUAGAUCAGUAAAUAAACAGGUAUUAUACUCUUUCUUUCUAAUGACCUCUUUGUUUUUUCCUGUCAAUUUGCAUCAGGUAGAAUUUCAGGCAGGCAAAUAUCAUCCGUACCAAAAAACCAUCUCAGUUGAUCAACAUCAGCUCCCAAUCGGCGUGAGAAGACUUGGAGGCUUGUUUUUUUUUCGCCGAUUAAUCUGGGAGGAAGCAGAGAUUUUUAAUUGAUCGUUGUUUGUUGCUCAAGUGCUAAGAAGCGAAGAGGAGACUGGCUCUUGGUAUCGUCGGGGAGCAAGAUCUUGCCGCCGCCGCCGCUGGAUCGAUGAGUGAUUGAAAUCUUAAUAUGCCGGAAUUGUUGCUCUCAUACAUUCUUGGAAGAUCAGAUGCCCAUGUCAGCCGUUGUCGUUGGAAGCUGAGGCGAUGUUGUUGGAGGAUGAAGAUUCGCAAGUCUAUUUUCCCUGCGUGCGAAGAAGCUGACGGGAAGAUAAGCCGAACCUGCUGAAGGAGCUGGUUUUAAUGGGCUUCAUUACUUUUUAGGCCGGCCUAUUCAUGAGUUUAUUCUUCACCUUUUCAAGACAGGAGCUAUCUUCAACAAAAAUAAUAUCGAGGCACGAUUUUCUGUUAGGCCUAUUGUUGGUGGUCGGUGCUGCUUGGGGCCUUUUGUUGGGCUAGUAGCAUCGAUCUAAAGAAUUAGGGCGAUUGCUAGUAGUCGGUAUCGCUUGGGGGCCUUCGUUGGGCUAGUGAUACUGAUCUAAAGAAUUAGGCCGAUUUCCGACCGUCGAUGUCGCUUGGGGCCCUUCGUUGGGCUAGUGGCACCGAUCUAAAGAAAUAGGUCUAUUGCCGGUUGUCGGUGUCGCUUGGGGCCCUUCGUUGGGCUAGUGGCACCGAUCUAAAGAAUUAGGCUGAUUGCCAGUCAUCGAUGUCGCUUGGGGCCCUUCGUUGGGCUAGUGGCAUCGAUCUAAAGAAUUAGGCUGAUUGCACCUGUCGAAGACUGAGAUGUUGCCGCUACUUUCGACCUUUGUCCAUUCUGAAGGAGCUUGACUAAUUAUUGGCCAUUGUUACUGAUUUCUUUUGUUCGUCUAGUCAGAAGAUGAGGCCAAUUGCUCGGGCUUGAGAUUGAUUAUCAUCGCUGAGCGGCCUUUUUUUUUUAUUAUUAUUACUUUAGUUUUUUUUAUAGUAAUAAUAAUGAUGAUGAUUUUUUUUUGCAGUCCAAAAUGAUAUAUUUUAAGGACGUAAGGCGUGGAGGCAAAAAGUAUCUCUAAAUAUCAACGAGGAAGAAACAUGACGAAGAGAUUCUUUUGGAGAUGCACAAGUCAUUUGCUCGCGAGUUUUGGGGUCCAACGAUUGUGUCCUUUCGAGUUACAAACUGGACUCCUGAGUGCGAGUAUCAAGCUCAGACAAUGCGGACUUUAGUAUCUGGCUUUACUCACAUGUGCUCUUAUGAGAUUCUUCCUUUUUUUCCAUCAAGGUAGACGUAUCCUUGAUGAAAACAUCCCUUUGACAAAGACCUUAUCAUUUAGUGGUGAGUUUAGAUUCAUCAUAGGUUAUUGGGACUGGGCCGAGGAUAUUUUGAGCAUGAGUAAAAGCGUUCUGGAGGAAGGGCUUAUUUACGAUGCUGUUUAUGCCUCAUUAUUCACGUAUGACCGAUGUACUAAUGCGAUUCAAGCAUUUUGUGAGGCAUGGUGUCCCACGACGAAUACUUUUUCAAUUGGCGAAUUGACGAUCACACUUUGGGACUUGCACAUUUUUGGAGGAUUGCCUAUUAUAGGAGACGCAUAUGAUGAAUCUAUUCCGGGCACUUCUGAGUUGUUAAAUACGAGCGCUGACCGUUCACUUUAUCUCUGCAAAUAUUUGUUUCACGCAUAUCAUCAUCUCUUUCCCAAAGCCGGAGAUAAGCGUGUUUUGCGUGUUCAUGCGUGGGUCAAAUUCUGGUUCAAAAAGGCCUCCAAGUAUACCAUGCCUCCAGUGAGAACAGAAAAGAAACGAACAUCUCGUGCCAAGGCGACCCAUAAUCCGAGCGAAGCUAUUCCAAAAUUUGGAGGAUGGUCGAAUUCUAUGAAGGUAUCAUUCCACGUACUUAAGGUUCCUGUUGAAUAUGAGGAAGAGGUAUAUUUAGCGACAUUUUUAUCGUGUUGGCUUUGUGCAUUUGUAUUGCCGCAUGAAGGUCCUAGAGUUAUUCGCCCGGAAACAUUCAGAGUUGCUUGUAUGUUGGCUCGAGGGAAACGUGUAUGCCUUGCGGUCCCGGUUCUUGCUAGUGUCUAUCAUGGGCUUAAUCGGAUCUCGAAUGCUCCAGCUCUUGAUCAAGUUAGAACGUGUUUUCGUGUUCACUAUGUCUAUGGAUGGUUGGCAUCAUACUUUGAUACGCAUUUUAAGAAUGAGAUUCGGUCCACGACGCCAUUAAUGAUUUCUUACUCGGGAGAAAGUGGAGCGAGAUCCCUCGAGAAGAGAAGCGCGCGCAAACGAAUUUUCCUGGGAGAUGUAUCAGCAUGGGUGUGUUCUACACAUCAGAGAAUCAAAGAAUAUUCAUUCUUCGAUGGUAAAAAUCCUCUAGAGGCAGAGUUGGCGCGUUUUAGGAGUAUUCGGACUAAUUAUCUUGUAUUACGGUACCAGGAUCAUUGCAUUGCUGAGCCUUACACUCCUCACCGCUUUAGUCGCCAAUUUGGGUAUUUUCAGGCUUAUGGUCCUGACUUUCUUGAGAUGCGUAAUCGGAGUGUCACACUUGCUGCUGGCUUUCAGCUUUGGCUACAGUUUGAGCAUGGCAUGUCACAAGCUGAAGCGGUAUUUCCGACCCCUCCUACUAUUCCAGCGAAAUUUUAUUCCUUGCAGUGUAAAGAAUGGUGGGGUCAAGUCCAUGGAAGUUAUUUGGAGAAUCAUGUGAGCGACUUGAUCAAGAUUUGCGAUCUUGCGGUUGAUGAUGUGAUUACCCCUUCAGAACCUGUGACUCCGGUCUCCAAGAAGAAAAAAGUGCCUGAUACUGAAGCUAAGUCUUUGCCUCAGAAAAAGGCUAAGCUCGCAGCACCUAGGGCUGAAGUUUUGAUCAAGGAUGCUGAGAAGGAAUUGUCUCCAGCCAAGGAAAGACAGAGUAGUGAUGAGAGGAACUGGAAACAUCUUAGAAAACCUCAUAUUCAUGCAGUCCUUGAUGAUGCUAGUUCUUCGAAUCAUUUUUCUUCAUCUAGCUCAAGUGAAGGGGAAAAUGCUGAUUACGACACCGUUGCUGGGUUGAUAGCAAAAACUGGCCCAAGUCAUUGCAAAGAAGUUCCGACUUACGAAAUACCCAAGUCUCCUCAUGCGAAACCGGCUGCAUCUGUAUUCCAUGCGGAAGACUACUUCUUUACUUUGUUUAAGUAGUUCAUCAUCAACACUUGGAGCGGUAUUCAAAAAAAGUUAGGAAGAGCUACAACAGAGAACGUUUCUUCUCUUCGGGAGAGUGUUGAGAAUUGUAUUAGCCUGAUGGAGAAAGAGGGCAUUGACCUUUCCAUGUUGAAGACGAGAGUGAAACACUUCUUUGAAAGGGCGCAAACAUUUGAUCAGACGUGCUCGACUAUUGUUGACAAGGUCCCUUCAGAGAAACAAUCUGAGGAAUUGGCUAUGUCGCAGGCCUUUUGUGAAGACAUUGAAGCCAAGAGAUCUCAAAACCAAGUGUCAUUACUUGAUGAUGAGAAAUCUCUUAAUGAUAUCAAGAAGAAGAUGGCCUUAUUGGAAGCUGAGGCUAAGGAAAUAGAAGUUUCGAUCUCCAAGCGUUAUGUAGAGGCUAGUGACUUAGAUGCAGCUCUCACGAAGGCUAAGGAGGAAUCUUCACGGAUUUUGAAGACUAUCAAAGCAUCAGAUGAAGAUCAACUUGCUUUAAGCACUCAGAAGAAAGAGCUAGAGGCCUUGAAGGAUGACUUAGUUAGCUUUAAGUUGUUUUUAGGCUGAUACUUAGCUCCUAGAUUAGCCUUUUAAUCAGCAACCAUCUCUUUUCUUUACUUCUUGUCAAACUAUAUAUGGAUAUUUGCUUCUUCUGUUGCUUCUUCUA